AGGAAUGGAAUGUAAUGUCCCACACCAAUUCUUACUCUUGCUCAUUAAUGCGGCAGCAUGUUUGAGCAGGUUCUAUCCAGAAGUUUAAUACCACGAUAAUGACAGGUGAUUAUUAAAAUAUCACAGUGACUCAGCAUAGCAUUCAGCCGAGGCAGCGGCAGAGAAAGGAGGCAGCCGAGUGGAUCGCACACAUUACACGGACUCAAGCUAAGAGCGCUUUAACACUACACAGAGCGACAGCUUGGGGGGACUCCUCGUUGGGCUUUCUAUUGUAUGAACACAAACGGAGGAUUUUUUUAAAAAUGUGGACAGAAGUCGGCAAGCUCGUCCUGUUUCAUUUACUGCUUAUGGAGCUCCAUUACGCGAAAGGGACUCAUACUGAAUCGGAGUGUGAAACUGGGCAGUUUAAGUGCAAGAAUGGAAGGUGCAUCCCAGUCCCUUGGAGAUGUGAUGAUGAUGACGAUUGCUCGGACAACAGCGAUGAGGAGAACUGUCCCAAGAAGACAUGUGCAACGACAGACUUUGCCUGCAAGAACGGACAGUGUGUUCCUUCUAGGUGGCGCUGCGAUGGAGAACAGGAGUGUGCAGAUGGUUCCGAUGAGGCUGACGCAAUCUGCAGCCGACAGACCUGUCCACCGGAGAAGUUCGAUUGUGGCGGGACCACCAGCAAGUGUGUCUCGUUGUCAUGGCGAUGCGACGGUGAAGUAGACUGUGAGAAUGGCGCCGAUGAAGAGCACUGUGCCGCAGAUGCCAAGGCUUGCCCCGCCAAAGACUUUCAGUGCCGUAACGGGAAGUGUAUAGCACCCAUCUUCGUCUGUGAUGGCGACGACGACUGUGGAGAUGCCACUGAUGAAGAAAAGUGCUCGGCCCCCAGCUGUGACCAACAUGAGUUCCGCUGCAAUGACUCAGAAUGUAUCCCGGCACUUUGGAGCUGUGACGGGGACCCGGACUGCAAGGAUAAAUCUGACGAAUCCAUGGAACGCUGCAGUAGGAGGACUGAACCCCAGAAACCUCGAUGCAUGGUGAGCGAGUUCCAGUGUGGGAGCGGCGAGUGUGUCCGGAUGAACUGGAAAUGUGAUGGAGACGCAGACUGUAAGGACAAAUCGGAUGAGUCCAACUGUCCCGUGCUUACAUGUCGACCUGAUGAGUUCCAGUGCGGAGAUGGUUCUUGUAUCCACGGCACCAAACAGUGUAAUAAAGUUCAUGACUGUCCAGACUACAGUGACGAAGCUGGCUGCAUCAAUGUUACAAAGUGCGAUGGGCCAAGACACUUCCGCUGUAAGAACGGGGAGUGCAUUGACAGCAGCAAGGUGUGUAACAACGUAAAAGACUGCAAGGACUGGUCUGAUGAACCUGUGAAGGAGUGCGGCCUAAAUGAGUGUGCAGACAACAAUGGCGGCUGCUCCCACAUCUGCAGGGACCAGAGAAUUGGUUAUAUUUGUGACUGUCCCUCAGGGUACAAACUUCUGGACAAAAAGACUUGUGGUGACAUAGAUGAAUGCGAGAACCCAGACGCCUGCAGUCAAAUAUGUAUCAAUUACAAAGGGGAUUAUAAGUGUGAGUGCUAUGAAGGUUACGAGAUGGACCCUGCCUCCAAGACCUGCAAGGCUGUGGGAAAGAGUCCAUACUUAAUGUUCACCAACCGUCAUGAGAUCCGUCGUAUUGACCUGCUGAAGAGUGAAUAUACGCAAGUGGUUCCUACACUGAAGAAUGCUGUGGCACUGGAUGUGGAUGUGGCCAUCAAUAAGAUGUUCUGGUGUGAUCUAUAUCAUCGUAAAAUAUACAGCGCUUACAUCAACAAAGCCAAUGACUCUUCGCACCAGGAGACGCUCAUAGAGGCGCUCCAUUCCCCCGAGGGCCUGGCCGUUGACUGGGUCCAUAAGAACAUCUACUGGACCGACUCGGGCAACAAGAGUAUCUCCGUAGCCACAGGAGAUGGUAGUAAGAGGAAAAUGCUCAUCGUCACGGAGCUGAGCGAGCCGCGGGCUAUCGCAGUCGACCCACACCAGGGGUUUAUGUAUUGGUCUGACUGGGGAGAUCAGGCCAAGAUUGAAAAAGCUGGGAUGAAUGGAGUGGAUCGACAGGUGCUGGUGUCUGAGCACAUCGAAUGGCCCAAUGGAAUAACCCUCGACUUGUCCAAUAGGCGUCUCUAUUGGGUGGACUCCAAGCUGCAUCUGCUCUCCAGCGUGGAUUUAAACGGAGACAACCGCAGAGUUCUGUUGUCCUCCCAGCACCACUUGGGACACCCGUUUGCCCUCACGGUCUUUGAGGAUCGCAUAUACUGGACCGAUCUGGAGGAUGAAGCAAUAUACAGCGCCAACCGCCUGACAGGGAAUGAUGUGGCAAAGGUAGCUGAGCAUCUUAAUAACCCUCUGGACCUGGUGGUGUUCCAUGAACGGAGGCAACCUAAAGCCCCUGAUACCUGUAACAUGGGAAGUCUGCCCAAUGGUGGCUGUGAGUACCUAUGUUUAAAGGCACCUCAGAUCACAGACCACUCCCCCAAAUAUACCUGUGCCUGUCCCGAUGGCAUGGAGCUGGGACCUGAUAUGAGGCGCUGUGCCACAAUCCGAGCAAGAACAACCACAACAGCAGUUCCAACCACCACCACCACCACCACCACCACCCCCACCACGACAACAGCGACCACAACCACCACAGCGAGCACAACAACACAACCUACACAUCAUCCGACAACAGCGGUUCCAACAACCACAACAACCACCAGCACUACUUCUGCUUCCACCACAACCACAACCAGGCAUCUUGAACCAACCAAACCCACCCAGAACCUCAGGUCCACUUCCACAAGUACACAGACGACCAGGUUCAGCAGCACCAGUCAGACAUCGACACCGACUCGCACGCCCUUACUGGGCCCAGUGGCUCCCAGCAGCAUUCAGAGAGAGAGCAACGGCAACCUAUCCCACAGAGCUGCGAGUGAUCACUACCUCAUAGGCAACAACAUCACAGUAGCUGUCUUGGGGAUAGUCAUUCCUAUCGUCCCUAUCCUUGCCACAGUGGUCAUUGGGUUGCUUUGCUCCGGCGCAUACCUGGUGUGGCGAAACUGGCGGCGUAAGAACACCAAAAGCAUGAACUUCGACAACCCUGUUUACCGCAAGACCACAGAAGACGACGACGACGAAAUCCACAUCGGCCGACACAGCGAGUCCAUCGGUCACGUCUACCCGGCAGUGAGUGGCAGCCACAGUCAGCCGUUCAUAGCGCUUCCUCUAGGGGGCGGCAUUAGCGACAACAACUCUCAUUGGUACUCAGGGGCGCCAAUGUUAUCCAGCGGUAAAUGAGAGACAGAACAAUCAGAAAAGUCCAGUUGUUGUCUACGUGCACACAACAACACACUCACACAUCCAGUUUGCAGUAAUAACUGAAAACACACAAAGCCCUGCACCAUGCUACCAUUCCUCGACCCACCAUGAUCAUAUAGUACACACAUUUAUCAAUUAUGCAUUUUUUGAUAUCAUACUUCCAUUCCAAUUUUUGUACUGGUAGUUUUCCUAUGUGUAUAGGUGUUCUGUGAAUACAUAAUAUUCUUUUUUUUACUGUCAAGGUCCGUGUUAUGAAACGAAUCAUCGUCACUGACGCACAUCACAGAACUGACGUUUUAUUUUAUUCAUAUAAGUGAUUACUGCAAUAGAAAAAACACUGGGACCCUUGUCAGUGAGCACUGGUGACUCAGAGAUUUUUAUAUGCAAUGUCGCGUCAUUAAGACUCAUUGCCUCCGCAGCGCUAGCUAAUAUUGAUUCACUGGUGGUAGAGCUCCGUAGGUCACCAAAGAAAGCCCACAGGAUAGCACAAUUGUUUUUUUUUAGGUUAUUUAUGCAAUGCCGCUAUCAGAACCAGAAAAACUUCUGGUUCCAGGGUUGGCACUCCCUAACUACAGAAUACACGAUAUGCGUAGGUGGACCCCGUUUUACGCAAAUGCACCGAGGAUGUGCAUCACUGCUGUGAGGCGUUGAGCUCCAAGUUAAAAAGAGGAAAUAAUCUGACACCACACUCAUUGCCAUCGUGUUUGGCAGCCUUGCAGCAAAAUAAGAUUAAAAAAAAAAAAAGCUAGAAUUCACCCACUUUUGUCAACGCCAGCAGGGUGUGGCUGAGAUCCCAUCCACACACAGUUUAUUUUAUUUUAUGUAUGCUUCUGUGUAUUUCUAUUACUCCAAAACAUGUAUCCCAGUAACUGUAGGCUCAAGUGAAACAGCCUUGAAUGGGUCGGUUAGGUCCUAGAGAUGCGGUGACCACAGCUACCAUGGGGGCGGGGGGGGUCCAAAUAACAUUCUGCUUAAGGCACCAAGUCCAGGUUUGGAGAGUGACAACUGCCAUAAGAAACGAUGCGUUCAAAGUCCAAAAAGGAAGCACAAUCAUUGGAAACAUUGAUUCCAUAUCAUUUUGUUGUCAGUGUUGGAGAGCACGUAGAGAUGGGCAUCCAAAAAGAACAAUAGGGGAGGAAUGGGAUGUGGGGGGGGGGGGGGGGGGUCCUAUCUCUUUGAUCAGUUGGCAUGGUAACCCAGAUUUCUUUGUACCGCUCCAAUGGGGAAGGCGGCACACAAUUUUGGAUAUAUUGGCAUGAUGACAAGCUGAAGACAGGUGCAUGAACGUGUCAUUUUUAAAGGGAAUUAAAAAUUGCUUUUGGUAUUUUGGUAAGGAGGUGAGGGGGAGUUUAGGUUUUUUUUUUUUUCUUCCUUGUGGCAAAGCAUUUGCAGCCAAAGGCAAGCACAAAGCAUCCCUCAAACAGAAAAGGUUGGAGCUAAAUGUUAGAAAUCAAUGGCUGAAGCAUUUAUUUUUGUUGUUUUUGUCCAUCAUUUUCUAAUUUGCAUUGGUAACAUGUUUUAUCUGCUGUUUCCAGCUAGUGGCACUCAGUCUGGAGGACGAUGGCUAUCCCUGAAGAAGGGAUACGGCCUGUGUGCCUUCGUUCUCACCUUGACCCCUCCUCCCUCCGUCCCUCCACAUCCAUACCUCCACAAUGAGGCCUGGCUCGGCGCGGAGGAGACACUCCUCCUGUUGCUUCCUUUUUAAAGGAGCAGGGAUGACACGUGCAACCCGUAUAUCCCCGCCUUUAUCCCAUAGAUCUCACACUGUAGUCUACUACCACUAGCUGCUACUACAUUCUCUAAUUCUAGUGUGUAGUAGCCUGUUCUCCUCCUCUCUCUCUCUCUCUCUCUCGGUAGUGAGUGCAUUAACAUGCUGCUCUUCUCAAACUAACCUCAUUGAGCUCAUUAAGAGAGAGAGAGUCAUCAUGCAUUCUUAAUUCUUCAUGUUUUAUUUAUUUUCAUGUUUGCUGGUGUAAAUAUGUAACCAGUACAUCCAGACAGAUUUUUACUCCGCUCAAAUGACACUGAGUAUUCGGAAAAGACAAUUUUUUCCUUAUUCUGCUUAAAUGUUUAUCUGUAACAUUCUUCGGAGGAGGUUUUUUUUUAAACUUUUCCCUCCCCAGCCGUUCCCAUCUGCCUCUGCCGUGCAUAUUGUUCUGAGGUAAGCAAAGGAGGCUGUGAACAUGACAAGGUAGGGAUUGGUGUGGACGUUUGGAGGUGAUUUGAGGGUGGAAGAGUAAGAAAGGAGCUUUUUUUUUUUGAUGUGACUACAAGGAUUUAUUCCACCAGAGGGUAGCGCUUCAAGGCGAAACGCAGCAAGGCGGAAAAUAACAAUUAUGAGUAAUCCUCUGUGUUGGCAUCAGAGGUAUGCGUACUGGUUACGAUGAACUUGAAUGAGUUUGUUUGCUUAUUCUCAGUCAGUGUUUUAGAUACCUUUUGUGUGCUUGUCGCUGCUGCUGCUACUGUAGAUGAUGGUUCAAGCCCGGGGCUGGAUAAAGGGGACAGUCGAUCAGUCAUUGUAUCCCGAUGAAAUUAGAUAUAUUUUAGUAUCUGGACAGAAUGCUGACUACAGGUGGCCAUGGGGUUAUGUCUCUCGAAGGUUAUGUCUCGCGGGCCUUUCUACUGUCUUUUCUUUUCUUGUAACAGUGCACAGAAUCCAUGAACCCUUCAGCAUUGAAUAAUCCUAAUCCUUCAUGAAUGCCACAACACUCGGUUGGGAUCAAAAGUGCGGCCAAUGUCAGUGGAGGUUUCUUUUCUCUCUGAGCUUUUCGUGAUGUUCAUUUCCGCGGCAAUGGGUUUCCUUUUCUUUGGCGCACUGCCGCUCAGGAGACAUAAUGGAGACUAAAAAGUUAAUAAGUAUUAGUGUCAAGAUGCUGUCUUAUCCAAAAAAAUACAAUACAAAAUACAAAAUAUACGCGAGGACAAACAGACUUACGCUAUGUACGCUCAUGUUUAUGCUAAAAGGACUACAGUUCCCAUGGUGCUGCACUGCUUGACCAGGAAGUAUUGAGUUUCGAGAAAGGAUGCCACUAUCACAUGUUUUGUAUUCUGACAAAUCUGAAGUAACUUUGUCGAAAUGUAGGAUUACUACAAAAACAGCCACACGCAGUGACGCCGGGAACGCCGAGUGCAUUUAGCAUUGCAAUGUUUGUAGUGUGCGUAAAGCGCUUCAUGUGCGAAUGUGAGUGUGAAUGGUUGUUUGUCUAUAUGUGCCCUGUGAUUGGCUGGCGACCAGUCCAGGGUGUACCCUGCCUCUCGCCCGAAGACAGCUGGGAUAGGCUCCAGCAUCUCCUGCGACCCUCGUUAGGAUAAGCAGUAGAAAAUGAAUGAAUGAAUGAGUAGCGAUGCCAUAGUUCACAGUCGCGAGACGGCGAGAAAUAUCACCCCUACUGGUGACACCAUGACAGAGUCUCGCAUUUAUGUACAAAAAAAUCAGUGUUUGAUUCCUUCAAGGGAAACAUUGUAACACCAAGGAUUGACCACCUGUAAAGGAAAAUGUAACAAUGUUAUAAGUCAUUUUAAAUCUACAUAUGAGAAGAAAGGGAUAAUCAAGUUUUAUUGUUUUUUCAGUUGGAACAUUUGGUUUCAUACAUUGGUGGUAAACCAUUGGAAAGCAUUUUUUUUUCUUGCUUUUGCGUGCUGCAGAAAUGUUCCAGACCCACUGGAUGGGCUUAAAUGCCCAGUGAAUAUUGCAGUAAUUGGCCAGAUGACUUUGUAAUGGUGAUGCACUUUAAACCACCAGAGCAAGUAAACAUGAUAGCCGUUGAUAUGGCACAUUAACACUUCUACCUAGUGCAUGCUUUUAUAUGGGGAACUGACAUGAUUGCAUGUUAAAUAUUAUGCUUAAUUCAAUUAAAUAUGAAGCAUCAGGCAGGACAACACCACAUUUUGUUGAAUAUGAUUUUUUUUUUUUAUUGAUUGUGCUGUGGAGUUUGCAUGUUCUCCUUGUGCAUGCGUGGGUUCCAAAAAUAUGCUAGGUUAAUUGGCGACUCCAAAAUUGUCCAUAGGUAUGAAUGUGAGUGUGAAUGGUUGUUUGUCUAUAUGUGCCCUGUGAUUGGCUGGCCACCAGUCCAGGGUGUACCCCGCCUCUCGCCCGACGACAGCUGGGAUAGGCUCCAGCACUCUGCGAACCCCAUGAGGAUAAGCAGUAGAAAAUGAAUGAAUGAAUGAUUGUUCCGUAUGUAGAUGUGACAUGAAUGGACCAGUUCAUUUUACAGUACUGGGGAGGUGUUGGUAAGUUACACUAAAAGGUACUCAUCAGUAUUUAUUAGUAAUUGAUCCUCAUGUCUCAACACCACAGAAUUGGUACACCCAUCAAUAAUUUUAAGUGCUAUCUUGAAGAUAUGUGCUGAGUUGAACGGACCUAAGAAACCAAAUUCUAAAAUUGGUCAUGACUUUUGCUCCCUGUCCAACCCCCCCUCGGUUUGUUUUUCUUGUAGUACUCUUUGCACUCCCCAAGUUGGUCUUCCAGAUCGCCGCAUAAGCAGAUAAUUGAAUUUCUUACCCCACCGGAUGCUUUCUAACACCAGUGACACCUUUACCACAUCUUAACUGCAUGCACUCCAUCACUAAAGAGUAACACCACAGCAACAUCAGCAUCUUUUCUUGUAUUCCCGUGUCUUGUUUCUGUGGUUGUGAUGCGCCUGUAUUUUAGUGCCCCCCUCCCCAUCAUCUCUCUCGCUAUCCCAUUUUCAUCCGAGCAUCGCCAUCUUUUCUUUGCAAGGGCUAUCACUAUGAUGAAGGUAAACACACACACUAGAAGACCACAUGAAAAGUGUCAGGAAGACACUUUCCCAAGGAGGAAGCACUUAAAAAGGAUGCUGGCACAAAAGAAGUCGCCCCCUCGCCUGCAUUUUGGAUCAUGAAAUGACCUCUGUAUCUUAACCAACUGAAUUCUCCUAUUUUUUUUCCUUUCCAUGUAAAAUGUUUUCUUUCUGACUGUUGUUUUUUUUCUCCCUAUAUGGAAAUGACGUCAUGUUAUGGAUAAUUGUAACGUUUAGUUUUUUUUCAUCAUCUGCAAAAUGAACACAAAACAAUGGGGGUUCCAUCCAUUCCACAGCCAUACAGUCGACAUUUUUUAUGCUGUUUGUUGCACAAAAAACUUUUUCAAGAAGCCUUCUGCACUGUGUAAAGAGAUAAUGCUCUUAGGAGGGGAGGGGGGGAAAGGUGAAUCGGUCCGGUGGUACAGUCCAAUGGUUUUGAAUUAUGACUUGUAAAUACUUUUCAUACAACUUUUUGAUAGUGUUUUAAAUGUAUCUGUAAAGAAAACAUGUACAUAAACCACUGGGGUGAAAAAAAAAAAAACGAGUGUAGACUAUAUGAAAUUAUUUGUACACAAGAACACUGGAUUUCUUUACUACUUGAUUGUAACUAAAAUUAAUAAUCUGCCAAAGUGUUUUUAUUUGACUUUUACCUGUUGUCUGUUCCAUUUGUUUGCUUUUUAACAGAAUUGCAGAGUUUUAUGUUCAUAUACUGUAUUUAAUUCUGUUGAAUAGAUUUUGUUGUUGUGUGGGUGUAUUUUUUUU